AUGGCUACACUGGAAUUUGGCCUUGUCAAUGCCGCCAACAGAUACCUGACUGCAGAAGCUUUUCGUUUCCAGGUGACAGCCACAGGCUUGCAGCUGAAGCCCCGUCAGGUGUGGAUACUGCAAUUUAUGGCCCCACAGGGAGCUGGGGCAGCUAGCACAGGAGAAGGGGCUGGCCAGAAACUUCACCUGCUCAGUGCCCUGAAGCGCUACUUGGCAGCUGACUCUAAUGGCAAAGUCACAUGUGACCAGGAUCGUCCAGGGCCUCAGACCAUCUUCCUCCUGCAGCAGUAUCCAGAUGGCAAGGUAUCUCUGCAGAAUGAGCAGUCUAAGCGCUACCUGGGUGGGGCAGAGGAAAAUGUCACCUGCUUUGGUCAGGCUGCCACCGAGACUGAAAAAUGGACCCUGCACCUGGCAGUGCACCCCAAUGUCGCCAUGUACAACCCCAGCAGGAAGCGCUAUGUGCGCUGUGACGAGAAAGCUGGGGCGCUGCGCUGUGACCGCGACAUGCCCUGGGGUGCUGAAUCAGUCAUCACUGUCUACUAUGAUUUCAAAGACUGUGCUUCAAUUGCAAGGAAGUCACAUUUCCCUAGGCCUCAACCUGUGAUAUUUAUCUCUACAGGAAAAGUGAAGAAGUAUGGAUUGAGGACUGGGGCUGGCAAACUGUUGGCUCCUAAUGGCUCGCUGGUGCCGGACGUCACCCCAGAAACUCUGUAUUCCCUGGAAUUGAACAACGGUUUGGUGGCCCUGCGGGAUGAAGAAGGAAAGUACUUGUCUGCACGUGAGAGUGUCAUUAAAACAGCCAAGAUGGACAAACCUGGACGAGACGAACUCUUCAGCAUAGAAGCCAGCCCUGCCCAAGUCUCAAUGCGCUCCUCUUCCACCAACAAGUUCAUCUGCUGCAGGCCGGGUGCUGACCUGUACGCUAAUGCCACGGCUGUCGGGAACACAGAGAUCUUCCAACUGCUGUUUGAUGAUGAUACAAAGAGAGUCUGCUUCCGUGGCUACUGUGGCACAUAUAUGGCCUUGGGUCCCAAUGACUGUAUUGUCAGCAGCAAACAAAAAGAUAGGAAUGUCUGGUUUGAACUCCAGUAUCAGGACCAGAAGGUGAUGCUGCGUAUAGGUGACAAAUAUGUGUCCAUGCGGCCCAAUGGACAGCUUCUGGCAAUUCCCAAAGCUGCAGGUAAAAGUGAAGACUUCCUGAUGGUACUGAUAAACCGGCCACUACUGGUGCUACACACUGAUGCUGGGUAUGUGGGCCUGUGUCCUGGCAUGAAGCGCCUCGAAGCAAACUGUGUCAGUUAUGUUGCCAGCAGCCUGUCGCUCACGGAGGAAGGCUACUACAACUUCCAAAUUGACAGCAAUUACUGGGCUCUGGAUAAAGACGGGCAAGUGAUGGUAACCAGUGACCAGCCAAGCAAUUUUACCAUCCAGUUUGCAUCUUCCACUUGCAUUCUUAUCAAAGCGUCUAAUAACAAGUUUUUUGUGGCUGAUCUGGGAGGCCGACUAUGGGCCGGGGCUUCAGAUGCAGCUGGCGCAACGCUGUUCCAUUACUGA